AUGAAUGAGUUAUACCUGAAGGAGAGUGAAAGUAUGGAGGAGAGCAUUGGAGAGGGGCGCUUGCAUCUUCAGGACAUUCCAUCUAUAACCAGCAGAGGGCACCUGGAAGCCACCCCGGACCUGGUAGUGGACUCUUCCUACUACAGCAACUUUUAUCAGCCAUCUCUGUACCCAGCUUAUUACAACAACCUUUACAACUAUCCACAGUACCAGAUGGCAGUGGCAGCAGACUCGCCUGCUUCUGACGUGGGCUCCACACUGGGAGGGACAACUGUGAAAAACAGCCUUCGGGGGCUUUCAGCGUCCAUGGUGACUGGUCAGACAACAAACCAGUGGCAGAGAAAUGAAAGUGACGAGAAGCAGAUGAAAACUCCAGAGAGCCGGUUUUCAGGCCACGGUGUGACUCCGCAGUACAGGAUGCAUACCUACUACCCCACUGCCUCGUAUCUUGGCCAGGGCUUGAGCACGGCUGCUUGUGUCCCUCAGCUCUUCACCCUGGAAGAUGGUUCCUCUUUCUCAGAUGUUAAAUCCAAUGGAUUCACCCACUUUGGAUUGCCUAUCUCCAAUACACAUCUAAACCUUUUAUUCGGAGGCGAUGAACUUUGCGUUCAUCAAGUAUUUUCACCUUCCAGUAGUCAGGACUCUGGUCUGAUCUCUCUGUCCAGCACUUCGCCCACCAGCACCGGGAGCCUUAAACAAGAGUGUUAGUAUAUCACCGAGUCCGGCGCCUUCUCUGUCAACUCCACC